ACCGAGUCAGCAUCCAAUAAUCCCGUCCCAAUUUGAUGGUGUCGGUGAUUCACCAAAAUCCCUUUUCCGUUCUUUCUCUCUCUCAAUUCCCAACCCAUUAUACUCAUUUAUUCAUUCCUUCCCAAUCUCUUUCUUUUCUUUCUCAAAUUCCGUUUCUUUUCUCUGCACGCUCCGGUUAAAAGGCAAAACAAAUUCCGAUGGCUUCGCGGCGCCUCCGGGACCUCCAAUCCCAAGCGGCGAACAAGAUCUGCGUAGACUGUUCCCAGAAGAAUCCGCAAUGGGCUUCGGUGUCUUACGGAGUAUUUAUGUGCUUAGAGUGCUCCGGCAAGCACCGCGGCCUCGGGGUUCACAUCUCCUUUGUUCGAUCCGUUACCAUGGAUUCCUGGUCCGAAAUCCAGAUCAAGAAGAUGGAAGCUGGAGGCAACGACAAACUCAAUGCCUUCCUCGCGCAAUACGGCAUCGCCAAGGAAACCGACAUCGUCGCCAAGUACAAUUCCAACGCCGCCUCCGUCUACCGCGACCGCAUCCAGGCCAUCGCCGACGGUCGCCCCUGGCGGGAUCCCCCCGUCGUCAAGGAGAGCAUCCGCUCCUCCGCCUCCAAGGGGAAGCCGCCCCUUUCCACCAGCAACAACGGCGGCUGGGAUAAUUGGGACACGGACGACGGGUUCGGAUCGGCUCGGGGCGGCUCUGAUCUGCGGCGGAACCAGUCCACCGGCGAUGUCAGGGGGUUCGGCGGCGGCGGGAGCGUGGCGAGGUCGAAGUCGACGGAGGAUAUGUACACGCGCGCACAGCUGGAAGCCUCUGCUGCCAAUAAGGAAGAUUUCUUCGCGAGGAAGAGGGCGGAGAAUGAGUCCCGACCGGAGGGGCUUCCGCCAUCGCAGGGUGGCAAGUACGUCGGGUUCGGAUCUAGCCCCGCCCCGAGCCAAAGGGCUAAUCAGCAAAGCGAUUAUUUAUCUGUCGUUUCUCAGGGAUUCGGUAAAUUAUCGUUGGUUGCUGCUUCUGCGGCUCAGUCUGCUGCCAAUGUUGUUCAAGCCGGGACAAAAGAGAUCUCUGCUAAGGUAAAAGAGGGUGGUUAUGAUUACAAGGUCAAUGAAACUGUAAAUGUUGUCUCUCAGAAGACAUCAGAGAUUGGACAUAGGACAUGGGGUAUAAUGAGAGGGGUCAUGGCAAUGGCUACGCAAAAGGUUGAGGAAUACACUAGAGAUAGCCCCAAUUCGACAUCUGAAAAACAAAAUGAAGCUGAUAAAAACGGUUUCUAUCAGGAGUAUAAUCGAGAGAACAAAGGCUGGAAUUCUUCUACCAGAGAAGGGCAACAGUCUACGGGUGGACAAACUAAUUCUUAUCAUUCAAGCUCUUGGGAUGAUUGGGGCCACAAAGAUCCUAGGAAGGAACAUCCUGCUAAAGGAUCGUCUCAUCAGUCAUCAGGUGGGCUAUCCGAUGCUUAUAACACUAGCUCUUGGGAUGAUUGGGACCAUGAAGACGCAAGGAAGAAAGAAGCAGCUAAAGGAUCAGCUUCCAAUAGCAGUGAUGGUUGGGCUGGUUGGGAUAAUGCCAAAGAUGAUGGAUUUGAUGAUUUCUAUGGGAAUGCAUCUAAUAAUAAAGCUGCUGGUCAUAAUGAUAAGGCGGGUGUUGCCUGGACAGGAGGAGGUUUUCACUAAGGUUUGUAUCAGACGGUUCAACUGAAGGGGGACAGGAUCAAAGUUUUGUUGUAAAUGACAACAAUACAGUACCUAUUGGAUGAUGGCAUGCGAGCUGAGCAGGGAUGCUGUUUAACCUAUUGUUGUGACCUGAUUGUCAACUAUAAGUUCUUUGGUCACUAUUGAAUUCAUGCCCCAUUUGUGCUGGAAGAAUGAUUUUUUGAGGUUAGCCUAGUGUCUUGCAAGUCUUUCCUUUUCAUUUUUCUCCCUCCCUCACUUGUGUAAUUUUUAUGCAUUCUUUUGGGGACUUCUGUACGGUUGGAAACGUAGUUAUAUAUGUACAAGUGUCUAAAGAAAGAAGGGCAAAUUGCCCAAAUUUAUAUUUACUUCUACCUGGAAGUGUGAUGAAACUAUUCUGUCACGAGAAUUUCAUAUUUCUUGAGUUUAUAACAACUUAAUUUGCCUUUU